AUGCCUGGCUACGGACCAUCUCAAGUAAAAUGCGAACCCCAAUCUGAUGGAGAAGAAAGCAAUUCCCAGUUCACACAUGGUUAUCUGUCACAUCAGCUCUCCUCAUCAGAACUGCUUGCGGUUAAAGUGGAAGCUAUCGACGAGGUCGAGCAAAAUGUAUCAUCACAUAUUUUACAUCACUUACAGGUGCCUGAGGAGCUGGAGCUGAGCCCAGCGCCGGCCGCGCCCGCCGCCACGCCGGUGAGCGCGCGCCCCGCCCCCCUGCCCCGCGCCUCCCCGGAAACCCUGGAGACGCUCGAGCCUGCCCGCAAUACACCAGGAACGACGCUUCUAGACAGACAGAUGCAGUUACUUGGCACAAGUGAAGAGGGCUCGGACUUCGUGCCGCUGCUGCCCAUUAAAGACGAGCCCUUGUCAGAGGGAGAACAACUACAGUUGAGUGAUGAGGCGAGCGAAACUAGUGGAGUAGGAGUAGGGGGUGAAGGUGGAGAGGGGGAGGCGCGCAGCAGCCCCGGAAGCAAGGGCUGGGCGCCGCGAGACAUGGAGUGUGCGCUGCAAGCCCUGCGAGACCGUCGCAUGAGUCUCACCAAGGCGUCGGCGACGUACGGCAUUCCGUCCACAACGCUAUGGCAGCGUGCGCACCGGAUGGGCAUCGACACGCCAAAGAAGGACGGCGGCGCCAAGAACUGGAGCGAUGCAGACCUGCGCGCUGCGCUGCAAGCCCUGCGCGCCGGCACGCUUUCCGCCAAUAAGGCCAGCAAGGCUUACGGUAUCCCGAGCAGCACCCUGUACAAGAUCGCGCGGCGCGAGGGCAUCCGGCUGGCGGCGCCGUUCAACGCGGCGCCGACGGCGUGGCGCCGCAGCGACCUGCAGCACGCGCUCGCCGCCAUCCGCUGCGGCGCGGCCUCCGUGCAGCGCGCCGCCGCGCAGUUCGGCAUCCCCACUGGUACUCUGUAUGGAAGAUGCAAAAGAGAAGGUAUCGAGUUAUCUCGAUCCAACCCUACGCCUUGGUCGGAAGACGCUAUGGGGGAAGCGCUAGAGGCAGUGAGGGUCGGCCAAAUGUCCAUCAACCAGGCGGCAAUACAUUACAACUUGCCGUACUCCUCCCUGUACGGCAGAUUUAAGCGGUGUAAAUAUCAGCUUCAGGGUCAAUCAGUUCACCAAUCAGAAAUGCAGAAAAAUAUAGAAAUAGAUCAGCAACACCAACAACAGGAUCAGGAGCCCUUCUACCAUUCUUUACCAUCUCACGCUGAUCCUAACACGUCGGACGAUCAAACGAACGUUCAAAUACCGUACAGUCAACUAUUGAGUGAAGUCCACGAUACCAUGCACGGUCACUUGGUACUGCAGGAGCAAUAUGGCGGGCAGGGGCUUUACUACACGCAAGGUUACUACAGUGGGAUGGCCACCAGUUGA